AUGCAGAACCAAAAAGACGACCCGAUACUUGGAGACAUGGCCACCAAGGAAACGAGAGAAAGUGAGAAGCAGGCAGAUGUAGAGAGCCAGGUUCCAGCGACGCCGGCGGUGGGAACGUGGACAACUGCCAUCUUUCUGGCUUGCUACUUCCUGAUGAACAUUUGCUUGACUUUCUACAACAAAGCUGUGCUUGGAUCGUUUCAAUUCCCGUGGAUAUUGACGGCAGUCCACACUUUCUCCGCCUUCGCAGGAUGCAGCAUAUUGCUACUUUUCGGUCAAUUCCAGUUGACGAGACUGACGGCACAUGAUAAUUUGACGCUUUUUAUCUUUUCACUGUUGUUCACCUUGAACAUUGCGAUGUCCAAUGUGUCGCUUGCCAUGGUAUCAGUUCCCUUCCACCAGAUCAUGCGCGCAACUUGUCCCGUCUUCACGAUAGCCAUUUACAGCGUGCUUUUUGGCCGCAAAUACGCGGUCGCGACGUAUCUAUCCCUAGUACCCAUAAUCGGGGGAGUUGGAUUGGCCACCUACGGCGACUACUACUUCACACUCAUUGGUUUCGUCCUCACGUUCCUUGGAGUCUUGCUCGCCGCCAUCAAAACAGUAGCCACGAACCGACUCUUGACGGGCCGCUUGCAGUUGGGGCCUCUGGAAGUGCUCUUGAGAAUGUGUCCGUUGGCAGCCAUACAGUCUUUACUCUACUCGGCUCUCAUCGGCGAGUUCUCAGACUUCAUGGAUUUUGUGAACACCGGCGCCUUCGAUAAGCGUGCGGUUCUGGCUCUAGCUGGCAAUGGUAUUCUGGCGUUUGCUUUGAACGUGACGUCAUUCCAAGCGAACAAGCUGGCGGGUGCACUCUCCAUGACGGUGUGCGCAAAUCUGAAGCAGUGUCUGACGAUUGUACUCGGUGCAAUUCUGUGGGAUUUACGCAUGAGUGUGACGAACGGAGCAGGCAUCGCCAUGGCCUUGGUAGGCGCGGCGGGCUAUAGCGUAGUGGAGCUGCAGAACAAGAGAAAAGUAGUGCGUGGCGGCUAA